CAACCAUUACGCGGACAUUGUCCAAACACAGAGUGCGGAUGAAGCAGCUCUACACUGUUCCCUUUGAGAGGAACAGUGAGAGGGUCAAGGAGCUACGACGACAAUAUGUCCAGAGAGUUAUGGAAUUGGAGGCCAACCAGGCCCCUCAUGAAUUCAUAUACAUCGAUGAGGCAGGAUUCAAUCUGGCCAAAAGGCGUCGACGUGGACGAAAUGUAAUUGGAAAAAGGGCCACAGUUGAUGUGCCAGGACAGAGAGGGGCAAACAUUACCAUGUGUGCAGCAAUUGCAAAUGCAGGAUUACUCCUUCACAGAUGUCAGGUUGGACCCUAUAAUACAGAGCGCUUGCUUGCCUUUCUCAAUGAUCUCCACCAGCGCCUGGUUCCAGAGCAGGGUCAGGAGGGUGAAAACAUGAGGACCUUUGUAAUUACCUGGGACAAUGUGGCUUUCCAUCACUUGCAAGCAAUAACAACAUGGUUUGAAGUCCACCCAAGACUGGUAAGUCUCUUCCUUCCACCCUAUUCACCUUUCCUCAACCCCAUAGAGGAGUUCUUUUCUGCAUGGAGGUGGAAGGUUUAUGACCAUCAGCCACAUGACCAGAUGUCCCUCCUUGAAGCCAUGGAUGCUGGCUCCAGGGACAUCACAGUUGACGAUUGCCAAGGGUGGAUCCGACAUACCAGGCGGUUUUAUCCCAGGUGCAUCGACUUGGAUAACAUCAGAUGGUUGGCCAUGGCCGGUGGGCGGCUGACCUCACACUCUGGACUGGAGAGAUACCAGAGGGCCCUGAGGAGUGUGGGUAAAUCCCGGAGGCCUUCAGCUAGCCGCUACAAAGCUGCUCUGACAAAUCAGCCGGAGGGAAGGAGAAGAAGCUGA